AUGAAUUUUGGGACUUACAAUAUUAAAGGGGCAGGAGGGGUGGGGAAAGCUAAGGCAAUAAGAGGGUUGAUAUCGAAGUUUGGGUUAAACUUUAUAGCGAUCCAGGAAACACAGUUCAGCGAUUUACCGGAAAGAAUAAUCAGAAGAUUUUGGGAUAACACAGCAGUGGAUUAUGUAAAGGUGAAUGCAAACGGGAGAUCUGGGGGUUUGAUAUCGAUGUGGAGUACAGGAGCUUUCAAAAAAGAAAUGGAGGUGACUAAGCAAAACUUUAUAUUAGUAAGAGGUAAAGUAACAGGUGAACAAGAAGAUAUGGUGGUGGUGAAUGUCUAUGCUUCAACAAAUCAAAGCAGUAGAAGACAGUUAUGGAACGAAUUACUGGAGCUGAAGCAAUCAGUUCAAGGAAGAUGGAUUCUAUUAGGAGAUUUCAAUGAGGUACGUUAUCCUGAGGAUAGAUUUAACUCCCAGUUUGAUGCGGGGGGAGCAUUAUGUUUUAACAACUUCAUUAUGAAUGCCGGGUUACAAGAAUAUAAUAUGGGUGGAAAGAGAUUUACAUAUAUGUCAGGAGACGGUAGAAAUCUAAGUAAAAUUGAUAGAGUUCUAGUUUGUGGGGAGUUUAUUAUGAGAUGGCCGGACGCAACUUUGCUGGCUCUAAACAGAGACGUGUCGGAUCACUGCCCUUUGGUAUUAACAACAAUCGCUAACAGUUUUGGACCAACCCCUUUUCGGGUUUUCCAUAGCUGGAUGGAGGCCAACGGUUUUGACGAAGCAAUUAAAAAGGGGUUAGAUGUGCCCUGUGAAUCAAACUUCAAAGAUGAGUGUAUGGCGAUAAAACUCAAAGCUAUAAAGGAAGAAUUGAAAAAGUGGAGAAGUAGUGAGAAAGCGAAUGAAGAAGACCAGUUGGCUAUCGCUAACGAAAAUAUUCAGAAAUUAGAGUCAGUGGCGGAGUCGAGGUCGCUCACUGAACAGGAGAUUGGAAGCUGGCAAGAGUAUAAGAAAGCGGUAAAAGAGUGGCAGUUAGCAAAAACAAAGGACCUGAUUCAACAAUCAAGAAUAAAAUGGAUUGCUUUGGGUGACGAGAAUUCGACGUUUUUUCACGCGGUGGUAAAUAGCCACAAGAUUAGGAAUAAGGUGAAUGGACUAUGGAUUGAUGGGGUAUGGAUCACAGAAGCUAAUGUAAUUAAGGAGAGUUUUAAGCUAGCCUUUAAGGAGAAGUUUAAAGAACCGAUUCACUCAAGACCAAGAUUAGGUAUGGAAGGUUUUAAGAGAUUGAUGGACAAUGAGAGCUCAAAACUCAUAGAACAAUUUAAGGAAGAGGAAGUAAGAAAAGCAGUAUGGGAGUGCGGCGGAGACAAGGCCCCGGGUCCUGAUGGAAUAACUUUUUCAGUAAUAAAAAAUAUUGGGAAGAGUUGA